AUGGACGAACGACGAAUUUUGGAGAACAACAUUUCUCUCUAUGGUGCAGCGUUGUUCACCGUUAUUUCUCAAAUUCGUAAGUUUGAUUCUGAAAACAUUUUGGGGGUUAGCGAUGGAAUUGUGCGUCCAGAGGUCGUAUUAGGUUCAUAUGGUACAUAUACAUAUGGUAUAUAUGGUAUGAUAAAUGGUGUCGAGCUUCUUGACUAUCAGCCUUGUUUCGCUGGUAGUACCAAUGAAAAUCAGGAUGGUCAAAAAUACUAUAACAUCGAAGACAUAGUAAACUCGGAUAUGGACACUGUGGUUGACAUAACAGAUAAAGAACGACCGACUGCCUUCAAUGUUAUCGUACGAGAAUUCCUUGGAAGUGAUGAUAAGGGGUUGAAAGCAUCGGAUAUACCACAACUUGCCUGCGUUGUACUGGAAAGGGGACCACGGUCAUGGAAACUGUACAAGAAGCAGGUACUUCCGAUAAGAAAUAACGGUAUCAUGUCGUCGACGUUUGAUCCGUUAUUGUAUCUGUCGAAAUAG